GCGAGAGAAUAAGCGGAGAGUCAAAAAUACAGAAAAAAAUCAAAUAGUUGACUCUUGGGGUAUCUGUCUGAUUUUCGUUUCUUGGAGGAAUAGAGGAACUUUUUUAAAUUUUAUAAAUAAAUCUGAAAAAAAGUAUAAUAAAGGAUUUAAAUCACAAAAAAGUUAUAUAAAAUAAGAAAUAUUUUGGAGAACAACGGUCGCGAGACCAGUGAUUCUUUAUUAAGUUAUUUGUCAUCGUUCCACGCAUUGUAGUAUGCUGCUUUUUUUCGUUUCAUAAUAAAAUUCCCAAAAUGGCCGCUUACUCUACCUUUGCUGUUACUCGUACCCAUCAACUUGUUAUGUUGAUGGUGAGGACCUAAUACCCUAGAAGUCACUCGCUUUGCGCCGCUGAUUUGAUCUUAGUUAUUCAUCAGUAAUUAAUAUAUUGUGUAAAAAAUACCAAAUUAAUAAGAAACCUUAAUUAACGAUUCCAUCAUGUCCUCAACAUCAGCGGCAGGUGGCAGUAGUGGUGCAGGCACUGGGAGCUCCACGACAACCGCCGCUACCUCUCCCAACGCUAGCAAUAGCAUACACGCCAGCAGUGGCCGAGGACGAAACAGCAAUACUGCGGGAGCCAAUGCUACAAAUUCCGGUGCAGGUAGUUCGAAUGCCAAUCUCAACGUUGUAAACAGUGUCGCAUCUGCUGCUGCAGGUUCUGGAACAGGAGAAGAAGCGCGUAAGGAUCCAAAACCAAAUCCAAAAAUUUCCAAAGCAUUGGGUACCUCAGCUAAGCGUAUUCAGAAAGAAUUGGCUGAAAUUACACUGGAUCCUCCACCAAAUUGCAGUGCUGGACCAAAAGGAGACAAUCUGUACGAAUGGGUUUCAACUAUAUUGGGACCGCCUGGAUCAGUGUACGAAGGUGGUGUAUUUUUUCUUGAUAUACAUUUUUCACCGGAAUAUCCGUUCAAACCACCAAAGGUGACAUUUCGAACACGUAUCUAUCACUGCAAUAUAAAUAGCCAGGGUGUCAUAUGCUUGGAUAUUCUCAAAGAUAAUUGGUCACCAGCGUUGACUAUAUCGAAAGUUCUACUCUCUAUUUGUUCCCUGCUGACUGACUGUAAUCCUGCGGACCCCUUAGUGGGCAGUAUCGCCACUCAAUACUUGCAGAAUCGUGAAGAACACGAUAGAAUCGCUCGACUUUGGACAAAAAGGUUUGCCCAAUAACGGGCAACAAAUGUUUUUUAUACAUUUAAUUUAACCUAAUUUUUUACAGAUACGCAACAUGAUUUCCUAAUCUUGUAAGUCCCAACAUUAAAAUAAAAAUAUAAGCAACAGUAAUAGAAAUCUAAAAAAAACUAAUGACUGCAGCAAAAAAAAAUUAAUAAUUAUUGAAGCGAAACUAAUAUUUGCGAACAUCAUGCAGGUGAAUAAUAAUGGUAAAAAUUAUACUUUUAAAAGGAACUUAACUUUGAAAAAUUUUUUUAACACUAUCUAAUAUAUAUUAGCAAUUAAUUAUAAAAACUAUAAUAUAACACAAAAUAUUAAACAGAUAUUGUGUAGGGAACAGCGAUGGCAAGGGUAUGGACGUAUUCGAUAAAAUUUAGUUUCAAGUUAAAAUUAGCGCACUUUUUAUGUGAGUUUUUUCCAGUCAAUACAAAGCGUGUAGGAAACGAAGAAAUACGAAUAUCAAAAAAUCGGUAUAUAAAUCAUGUUUUAUUUUGUGUAAAAAAUAAGCAAAAUUGCUAUUUCAACGUACAACAAUAAGUAAUAAAUGAACCAAAACUGCUGAUUCGAUGUCAAAAUAAAAAUUACAACAAGAAAGCUGCAUAGAUAUACACAAUUAAAAAAUACACAACUUAAGAUAACAUGUAGAAGCUAAUAAAUCUGUUCGAUUAAUUGUAUUGUAGCAUCGGAACUGAGAAGCAGGUGACAAAUUCUUGUCUUUAAAUUGUAAACAUAAUCGCGAGCAUCAAAUAAAAACUAUUAAAAACGCUCAUAUAAUUAAAUUA